AUGAGUAAGCUAGCCGACAUCGACGAGUCGGGCAAUGUGCUCUGCACAUACACCAACUCCGAGAAAGAGGAAAGCCUCAAGAUUGAGAAAACCAAGACACCGCUGGCCAAAGCCAUCUUCUACGCCUUCCUCCCCGCCGGCUACCCGCAUACCGUCACCGACGACUACCUCGCCUACCAGACCUACGACUCCCUACAAGCAUUCUCCUCCUCCAUCACCUCCCUCCUCGCUAAUCGCGCUGUUCUUGAGGGUCUCGGCGUUGGAAAUGCCUCCCAGUCGCCCACUGCGGCCUUGCUUCUCAAGAUCAUCCAGGAUACAUUCUCCCGUUUUGCGACAAUCUUGUUCGCUCAUAGGAUGGGUCAGGCCAUUGAACCAGAGUGCAAAUACUACCGCUUUCUUGCUGAUAUUUUCAACGAUGGCGGUCAGCUACUAGACCUCCUGCUGCCUGCCCUGCCCCUCUUCCCGAAGAUCACCGUCAUGGUCACUGCCUCCAUUCUGCGCUCCCUGUGCGGAGUCGCCGCUAGCGCCAGCAAAGCUACCCUGUCUGCGCACUUCGCAAAGACGGGCAAUCUUGCCGAGCUCAAUGCCAAGGAGGCUUCCCAGGAAACGAUCGUCAGUCUUAUGGGGAUGCUGGCCGGUACCCUCCUGGUCCGCAUAGUCGAGGGCAAGAAGGCCGUCUGGACGUGGAUGGUGAUUCUGGUCUCCAUCCAUCUCUUCACCAACUACUGCGGUGUACGGUGUGUUAAGAUGCGCACCCUCAACCGUCAGCGUGCCACCAUCGUCUUUCGCGAGUGGCUCGAGUCCAAUACCAUCUUGACUCCCGCAGAGGUGGCUAGGCGCGAAAGCGUUUUGCGCAAAGGCCGCGGCAACAUGUCGUCCAAGAGCGGCGAGUACUCGGGGUUCUGCGAGUUCGGAGGAUACGGCAACGUGAUGUCCUUCAAGCCUUGGGGCUACCACAGAUACAUCUUCGAUACAGAGGACUACUUCAUGGGGAUCUGGCACUGGGGCCCUACAUUCUACAUCAAGAUUGCGCUCAAGGAGGGCAAGCACUCCGUGAAUGACCCGCUAAUGGCUUGGUUUGACGCAGUCGCUCACGCCUAUCACUUCGACACUGCCCUGAAGGAUGGCCUUGGUAGUCACUUCGAGAACGAGUUCCCUGCUGGCUAUACCAAUCGAGAAACCAAGUCGACAAUCAUGGAGGCUCUGAAGGCCAAGGGAUGGGAGGUGGAAAAUGGAGCACUCGAGACCCGCAGCCCUAUCAGAGUGCGCAGCGGUGACGGAAAGAAGGGCAUGUAG